GUAGAUUAUAGUCAAUAUUUAAAUAAAAUAUCAGCUUUGUUAAAUGUAUAUAUAGAUAUGGAGUUAAAAACUUCUAGUCACGUCGUUAAAGAUUCUUCUAAAGUUGCAGCAAAGAUUCUUGCAGCAUUGUACAUAUACUUAAAUAACUCGGAAGAACAUAUUUUCAGGAUAUUACUUAGAAAUAAACACACAAAAAAAUAUACAAAAGUAUGCAAUCAUAUAUUUAUGAGGAGCUUUACUAAUCUCAAAACAAAGCCGACGUCUAUAACCGAUGUAGCUUAUAUUAGAUAUUUGCUCGCCUUUAAAAUGUGGAGAAAAAUGGAAGAAACAGCAAAGAAGUUAAAUUUUUCUGACAAAAAGAAAAGAAUUGAUGAGUUAGCUCUAAUGCUGUUAGGGCCGCGUAUGCCAAAAUUGCAAGACGAAUUAUUAAAAUUUGUGCCUAGACCACCUAUUCAAGAAAAAAAUGAAACACUAUGGUUAAUAGAAUCAAACCAAUUUGAUAUAAAGGAAUUUCAUAAACAGUUCCUGCUAUUUGAAGACAAAAUGGAUAACUCUACAGAUUUAAAAUGUACUAAAACAAUUCAUGUUGAUCAGACUUCAAAGUCUCAGAAGCAUCAGAUAAAUUCAUUAUUUCGUCCAAAUAAUUUUAAUGGAAUGGAUCAAGAAGCCUUAAACCAUUGA